UCAGAGAUGCUGCCACUGCUGCUGUCCCUGCUGUUGGCAGGGUCCCUGGCUCAGUAUGACAGAUACCUACUGGAAGUGCAGGAAUCCGUGACUGUGCAGGAGGGCCUGUGUGUCUCUGUGCCCUGCACCUUCUCCCAUCCCUGGUACUACUGGAAUAAUGCUGCCCCAGCUCAUGGCUACUGGUUCCGGGAAGGGGCAAAUACACAGCAGGAUGCUCCUGUGGCCACAAACAACCCAGACCGUAAAGUGCAGGAGGAGACCCAGGGCCGAUUCCGCCUCCUUGGAGACCCCCAGACCUACAACUGCUCCCUGGACAUCAGAGAUGCCAGCAGGAAGGACAAUGGAAAAUAUUUUUUUCGGGUGGAGAGAGGAAUUACAAAAUGGACUUACACAUCUAACCAUCUCUCUGUGCAUGUAAUAGCCCUGACCCACACACCCCACAUCCUCAUUCCGGGGACCCUGGAGUCUGGCCGCCCCAGGAACGUGACCUGCUCUGUGCCCUGGGCCUGUGAGUGGGUCACACCCCCCAUCUUCUCCUGGACAUCAGCUGCCCUCACCUCCCUGGGACCAAGGACCCACCUCUCCUCAGUGCUCACUCUCACCCCACGGCCCCAGGACCAUGGCACCAACCUCACCUGUCAGGUGAAGUUCCCUGCAGCUGGUGUGACUGUGGAAAGGACCAUCCAGCUCAACAUCACCUAUGCUCCACAGAACAUGGUCAUCAGCAUCUUCCAAGGAAACAGCACAGGCCUCAAGAUCCCGCAAGACGCCUCGACCCUUCCCGUCCUGGAGGGCCAGACUGUGCGGCUGCUCUGUGUGGCUGACAGCAACCCGCCCGCAGAGCUGAGCUGGUUCCAGGGGUCCCCAGCCCUGAACGCCACCCCCAUAUCCAUCACCGCCAUCCUGGAACUGCCUCCCAUAGGGACUACAGGAGGAGACUUCACCUGCCUUGCUCGGCACCCGCUGGGCUCCCAAAAUGUCUCUGUGAGCCUCUCCGUGGUCUGUAAACCAGAACCCAGGGCUGGCAGGGUCCUGGCAGCAGUUGCAGGAGCUGGCAUCACGGCCUUGCUUUCUCUCUGCCUCUGUCUCAUCUUCAGAGUGAAGACCUGCAGGAAGAAGGCAGCCCAGCCAGUGCAGAGCACGGACAACGUGAACCCAGUCGAGGGCUCAGGCUCCGGGGCUCAUCGCCACCAGUUCUGGACAGACUCCCCUUCAGACCACCCAGCCCCUGCUGGGGUGAGCCCCAUCUCGAGAGAGGAACCAGAGCUCCACUAUGCUUUCCUCAGAUUUCACAAGCCUCCCAAAAAAAAAGACACCAACAUGGAAUAUGCAGAGAUCAAGACACACAAAUGA